GAGACGCGAGCAGAGCGCAGCGCGCGGAGCCCAGUGGCGCUCGCCGGGCGGUGGCCCAGGCAGCCCCGAGUGCAGGCGGCCCCGAUCCCGCCCGCCCAUGGACGCCCAGACCAUGGCCGCCCAGGGACCCGGACCCCGCGCCCGGCUCUGGACGGCGGCGCUGCUCCUGCUCGGUCUGCCGUGCCUCUCCGUGAGGGCGGAUGGGAAGCUCUUUGUGCUGGAGUCUCAGAACGGCUCUCUGGGGCUGGACCUGGAGGCGGCUCGGCUUUCCUGCAAGAGCAGGGGUGCUCACCUGGUGUCUGCGGAGGAGCUGCGGAGGGUGGUGCAGGAUUGCACCUCCGCUGUGUGCGCCACGGGCUGGCUGGCGGACGGCACCCUGGGGACAACCGUGUGCAGCAAGGGGAGUGGUGAACAGCACAUCAUGAAAGCUGUGGAUGUGAGAAUUGAGAGCAACCCGGCUCCUGGCGGCACAUACAAUGCCCUUUGUAUUAAGGAUGAAGAGAAGCCGUGUGGAGACCCGCCUUCGUUCCCACACACCGUCCUGCAGGGACGCACCGGCCUGGAGAUGGGGGAUGAGCUGCUGUACGUGUGCGCCCCGGGCCACGUCACGGGCCACCGCCAGAGCGCCUUCACCUUGCUGUGCAACAGCUGUGGGGAGUGGUACGGCCUGGUGCAGGCCUGCGGGAAAGAUGAGGCUGAGGCACAUAUUGACUAUGAAGAUAAUUUCCCUGAUGACAGGUCUGUGUCAUUCCGAGAGCUCAGGGAGGAUGCCCGGACAGAGGCCGAGGAGGACCGGGGUCAAGGAGAAGCCCCCGAGGAGGCCCCCAAACAGGACCGUCUGGUCUCCAUUUCUGCGGGCAGAGAAAACAUAGCCCAGGAUACAGCCUUUGUGCCAACCACAGGCUUGCCCAGCCCUGGGAGCAGCGUUCCCACAGACCUGCCAGGAUCGGUACUGAAAGGGAAGUACUUGUUCUGGCUUCCUGCCGAGACCUUCCACAAGCUUGAGCUGGAAAAGGAGAUGGAUGAUGACACCAAAAAGCAGCUUCCUGCUGGAGACAACCACAGUGGCAUAACGUUGGCCCCCGGUGAACCUGAAACCAAGGUGACCUAUAGCAGCACUGGUGGACCCUCGGGGCCGUAUGUAGGCAGGAAUGACAGCAAGGCAGGGGACCCGAUGGUGAGCAGCAGCGACGAGUCCUGGUUAGACGGCUACCCUGUGACUGAUGGGGCUUGGAGGAAGACAGAGGCAGAAGAGGAGGAAGUAGAAGAAGAUGGGGACAAGGGAGAUGGGUCAGUAGGGUUGGAAGAAUGUGCUCUCUUUACUUCCCAUCAGCCCAUUCUUGUGGAAGUUAAUAAGCCCAGGAGUACCACCUUCACGCCAAAGGAGGACACGACCCACAGUUCAGUUCUUCCAACUCAAACACUAGAGGCAGAAGCUUCUGCUGUCCGACCCAAGAGUGUGUCUGAAACCGAGGGUCCCAGCAAGGGAGAUGGUGGCUUGACCAGGUACCAGUCAACUGUCCCUUGGAGGUUUGCCAUCGAGAAGUCUCCUGUGGCCACCUCACCCUAUGAACUCACCAGCUCUACUCUGGAGACAGUAACAACUGCUGUCCCAAAGACGCCCAACCACAUUCCCUCAACUACCAUGGCAGCCACCCAGGUCCCCAUGGAAACCACGGCUCCCGAGGUCCAGGAUAACUUCCCAUACCUGCUGUCAGAGGACUUCUUGGGACAGGAAGGCCCUGGUCCAGGUGCAACUGAGGAGCUUCUUCCAACCAUGGAGCCAUGUGUAGGAGACGAGUGUCCCAGCUUCAGCAGAGGCCCCAUCAUCGCCACGGUCGUCACCGUCCUGUGCCUGCUGCUGCUCCUGGCAGGCGUGGCGGCCGUGUGGGGCUACCGCCGGUGCCAGCACAAGAGCUCCGUGUACAAGCUGAACGUUGGCCAGCGGCAGGCUAGGCACUACCAUCAGCAGAUUGAGAUGGAGAAGGUCUAGCCACCUUUAGCGUGGGCUCUCCCAAAGCCACUUGGUAGGAAAACGAACUGUGAUACAUCACAUUGGUAAACACUGAUCGUUCACUAGAGCAUGAAACAGGUGGACGAGGGCUUGCCUUUUGCUCUCAGGUCUUUGUUUUCUAAGCUGAGAAGUAAUCUCUGAGGUACCUGGCAGGACAGCUUUGAUGGUGUCAUCACACAUGUCAGUAUCUCCUCAGCCAUCUGCCCUGGAAUGAAUCGCACUCAUUCCCAGACCUGGGCUUGGGCCCUAAUUCCACCACAAGAUCAAAACUCACCUCUUGCUUCAUCAUACUAUUGUCUUUUCUUC